UGACUUGUAAUAUUUAUUCCUAACCUGGUCUUCUCUUGCCUCCUCUGGUCUCCAUGGAAGAGCAUGUCCACAAAAAAGUCAAGGUUGGACUUAGAGCACACUUUAACUUCUGUGCAAUACAGGCUAGAAAAGUCCAUGACAUAACUGGACCACUUUUGGCUUUGGAAAAUGUCCUUUGUAUAGGAUAAGGUGUGGUUGUACACACUAAACAUGCAAUCCAAAUUUGCAGUCUUCUGUGACAGUACCCUUAUAACAUAUGUUCAAAAACCUGCAGUAGGAGCUGAUACUGUGUUGUGUCUCUUUCCUUUGUGUUAUUUUAUGUUGUAAGUUUUGUGUACACUAGCGCUGAGAGGCAACUUGAUCCACAAAUAUGGCAAAUCCCAUACGACUCCUCAUUUUGUUGAGUGACAAUAGCUCUGAGAGGAUGGAUCUAUCAAGGGUGCCAGACACAGUUGAAGAGCUCAUUGAGCAAGUUAAAGAGUCAUGCAAAGUUGCUGGAGGUAUCAGGCUGCAAUAUAAAGAUGUAGACUUUGGUGGAACAUUUGUGAACUUGAACUCAACCUCCAUGAUCAAGGAUCUUACCACCAUCAAGGUCAUACCGUCUGCUACUGAAACAUUAAUUUUAGAAUUUGUAGAAAGUGACCUAGAUACAAGCUCCAUCUCAACACACACUGAUGACACAGUCAUACUAAGCAGCAGCUCCUCUGAAAAACUCCGCACAGAGCCCUGGCCAAAGGAGUUCAACAUCCCACAAUUCUCUUUUGAAACAGAAGGUCAACUUGAGAAAGGGAAUGCGGAAUACACAAAGGACCAAACCAGGCUCACACCUACAUCAAAAAUGUUGUCCGACAUUCUGGAAAGACUGGCAGAGAAGAUUUUCUCCUACAAGGCGUACCCCAGUGAUGCAGACCUGAGUGACGUUGCAGAGGCUCUGACAAGGAAACAUCCCUGCUUGAGGCAACCAGACUCCUUCAAUGAGAGCUACGGAUGGAAACUCAGACUAAAGACUAAGGUGAGCAAUUACCGCACUCAGCUUAAGUCACAUGGACUUGCAUCUGAGCUCAUCUGAGCUCUUAGUAAAUACCCUCAAAUCAAAGUCACGAGAAGAUCCUGUUCCCAAGCCAGCCAAGAACAACAAAAAGGCAAGAAGAGGUGAGGACAAUUACUAUCCUCAGACCAGCAGUGAGAAUCCAGAAAGCCUAGAACUAGAGCGAAUAUCUCUCCUGACCAAAUUAAAGAAGAGAAACAAUGAGAAAACUGUACGAGAGAAGAUGGCCAGGACCUUCGAAUUCAGGAGGAAAGAGGUUGUGGAUAAGAAGCCCGACAUCAAGAACCUCUUGGAAAGAUGGCCAGGUCUAUUUCAGAUGGAAGAGAUUAAUGCAGAGUUUCUGCGGGUUACUGCAGUUCCCCUGCUAACCAGAUUCAUGGCCCAGCUGGACAAGCACUCCCCACAGCUACUUAAAAUAAUCAGAAAGAAAGGAGGGACAACCAAAGCAAAAACUGCCAUAAUCCUAGAGUUUCUUGAUCAGGAUGCUGAUGCUGACAUUAGGAGGGAGUGUAUACUUAAAUCUCUCAUUAUCUACCUUGGAGAACGUGUUGAGGACUUGAUAAAAGAAUACAUGAUAUCCCAGAAAGAUGAAGCUGAGGAAGAGCUGCAGAGUACCACCAUGGCACUCUUCGUCUUCAGGGACAACUCAAGCUUCCUACAUCAGCCUCGAGACAUCGGGAUAAUCAUUGAUGGUGUGGAAGUCCUGAAUGAGUUGCCUUCUGUGGUAGCUGGAGUGGCAAUGGUCUUUGGACUCUGUUAUGCUCUUAAUAUGGAAUAUCCACGAGGAUUCAGGUUCACCUUUGAGGCUCUUCAAAAGAUUAUGAUGGAGCUUGACUUUAACAAGAUGACCUCUAAGAUUCGCAAACUUAAUCGUGAACUUAACACUGCACAGUAGUGUGUUUGCAUGCAUGUGUGCAUGUGUAUGUGCACAUGCAUGUGCAUGUGUGCUUGGUUAUUUUGCUUGGUUGGCCUGCAGUGGUAUUCUACAUUCAAAAAUUAUAAGAACACCCAUUUGAAAGGGAGAUUUAAGUUGAUUUCAUUGAUACAUGUGUAGAUUUUUUUUUACAUUGUACAGGCACAGUGCACAUAAACAUUUUUGAGUACUUGCAAAUUGGUUUAAAAAGAGUUUUUAUAAUGGUUUUAUGCCAGUUUUAGACAGGUUGCAGGUUUUAUACCAGUUCUAAAAAGAUUGCAGGUUUUAUACUGGUUUUCAAAAGGUUGCAGGUUUUAUAAAACAAACAUUUCUCUAAUCAUUUCUGCUGUAGCACUAAAUCUGUAUAUUACUAAUCCUCUCUAUUGAUUAUAGUUAAAAUGGUUUGGAACAAUAAAUAAUUUUGAAAUAA